AUGGCCAUACCACUCAAAUCUCCUCUGUUCUUUCUUCUGCUUGUCAUCACUCUCUUCUCCUUCACAGAAGCUGCUCGUCCAUUCAAUAUUUUGAAGGCUGGGGUUCAUCCCAAGAAGAAGAAUCUGGAGUUCUUUGAUGGCUUGACUCUUGGAGCAAUCAAGGAGUCAGGUCCAAGCCCUGGUGAAGGUCACAGCUUCACCAAUGCAAAAACUAUUGAUGAUAAAAAGUUCACCAACGUUCAGUUUCUUGGAGGGGUCAAGAAUGCAGGCCCAAGCCCAGGUGAUGGUAACAAGUUCACCAAUGGAAAGACCCUUGGAGGGAAUAAGACUUCCGGGCCUAGCCCACCUGGUGCAGGUAACAACUUCACCAAUGGAGGGAUUAAAACUUCGGGGCCUAGCCCUCCUGGUGCAGGUAACAAGUUCACCAAUGGAAAGACACUUGGAGGGAAUAAGACUUCAGGGCCUAGCCCUCCUGGUGAUGGUAACAAGUACACAAAUGGAAAGACGCUUGGAGGGAUUAAGACUUCUGGGCCAAGCCCUCCUGGUGAUGGGCACUACUGGUUCCCAUACUUCACAACUCUUGGAGGGGUCAAGAACUCCGGCUCAAACCCUGGUGAAGGCCAUAAGUCUACCAAUACUCAAACCCUAGAAGAGAUCAGGAAGAAGCACUCGGGCCCAGCUGCGAUGGUCGGAAGAGAAUCCUUCAAAUCGGCAAGUACUUCUGAAGUUGAAAUCCAAGCUUAA